CUGUGCACUUUGAAACACCGACCCCUCUCCCUCUUUUCCCACUCUAAUAGCAAUGAAUGAAGGCUUUGCUGCAAUUUGUAAUUGCCAAUAUUUACUCCAAUUUUCCCACUUCUGCAAUACUCCUUGGGAUUUUUCCAAUUCAUUAAUACAUUUCCUGGCCUCAAUUACACUCUUCUUCCACCAAUACUUCUUCAAUUCAAUACCAAUUCAAUUCAAUUCUCUCUCUCUCUCUCUCUCUCUCUACACCCUACACCCUCCACCUCUUCCUCCCAUAAUUAAAUUAAGCUUUAAAUAAAAACCCAUCUCUCUCCUUUCCAUUUCCCUUAUAUAUAAUGGCCUUGAAGGUUCAAACCCAGCAACACCACCACCACCAGUAUCAUUUUGUGGGUGCUACAGUUGCUACACAUGGUUCAAGCCUAACCACUCUUUGCCAACCCAUCUCACUUACUCUUAAUCUCUUCCAAUACGCUAACCUCUCUUGCUCUUAUAUUGAAUUAGAAGAGCCUUUUCCUCUUCCCUUAGGUUGGCAAAAGUUCCUUAAUCUUCAGACAGGUGAAAUAUACUACACAAAGAACACACGAAAGAAGACCAUGAGUCGAAGAAAUGGAAAUGGACCAAAGCUUGACCUGAAGCUGAACCUCUCGCCACCAAGGGCUGAUCCCCGAGUGGAGUCGCCAAACCGAUCAGCAACAGUGUCACCAACAUCACCACCAAGCUCAUGCGUGUCAUCCGAACUAAACCAAGAUGACACCCUUCGAUACUCUAAUAGCCCUGAGGCUACUUCCAUGGUGCUUGUGGGGUGCCCAAGGUGCCUUAUGUAUGUCAUGCUCUCUGAAGAUGAUCCCAAGUGCCCUAAAUGCAAGAGUACUGUGUUGCUGGAUUUCCUUCAUGAGAACACAGUUCAAACAAGAAACAGUUAAAAAGGACUAGCUAGGCACUCCUUCUGCUGCUAUUAGGACUAGUAGACUCUCUAUAUAUCUUCCUCCCUAUUCCCCUUUAAUCUCAGGUAGUGCCAUUUGGGCUCCAUAUUUUUUUAGCUCAAUCUCAUGCUAGAGGAAGGUAGAAGUUGGAGCCCAAAUAGCACUACGGUUUUCUUUAUCUUUUCUUAUUUCUACCUUUCUUUUCCUAGUCAUAGAACAAAGAAUAUGGGCUGAAUGAUAUAUAUAUGAACUCAGAAGAAGUGUCUGAUUUUUUUUCUGGGUUCAGCUUUCUUCACCCUUUAGCAGAAGAGAAUGUAAGCUGAUUCGUUGCAGCUGCCCAAAUUUUCCUAUGAAUGUUAGGUAUUUUAUGGUUUUA